GCAUGCCUUUCCAUGUCAGAAGUUGAGUAAGAAAACCAAAAGAAGCAGCUGUGAAGCUGACCUCUUACUAAAUUUCUAAUUUAGUCAAUUUAGUUAAAAUAUUCGUCAGGGAUUAUAUUCGCAAUUCGAGAAGUGAUUUAAAUAUCAAUAAUUGCACAAGUGUUGUCUACCUGAGGGCAUGGAUAUCGCAGAUACAUCUUACCAACAGUUAUGCAGUGCUCGCACUGUCCAGUCUGAUCAGAAGGGUUUCUUCAACGAGUUCUUCUUAGAGGUGAAAGAAGGUUGUAGUGAAAAGUGGCUGAAGCAUUAUUUUAGCCAAUUAAAGUCAAACGAGGCACGCAUCCUAUCGAUCUUCAGCGAUCGGGAGGUUUGUGAUACGGUGCUGGGCGUGCUGGAAAAUGUUGCACCCGUCUACAAGGGGAAAGAUGGACUAUUUUCGGUUCAAAGACGUGCUCAGGCUGAUAAGUUCAACUUGUUGGGCGAUUUCAAACAGGCUUUGAUGCAUUCUAAUUUGGCCGUUAUGCGUGCACCAGCCAAAGAUGUUGAUCUAGGUGUUGAUGACGGGCUUAGUUUGCCUUUGGCUUAUCGUUGCCGAGCCGCAGUUCUAAUUAAUUUGGGAGAUGGUCAGGCUGCACUAAAUGACCUCAAAUUAGCUGCUUCCUAUGGCCUGGAGUUGAAGGAGAACGUGGAUUAUUAUAUUAAAAUGGCGAAAGCCUAUGCUUUAAUCGGCGAAUCGGCUCGAUCCGAAAUAUCAUUGAAGAUUGCUGAGAAACUGUCGGGCAAUAAUAUUUCCUUACGAGACUCUUUCGGAACCGAACUGUCACUCAUAAAGCGGUGCGAAAAAAGCGAUGUGUUCGCAACACCUACACUCGCUAAUGGAGACAAUCCCGCUUUGCGUGGUGCCUCUAAUAUGGUGAAGUUGGUGGAGACAAAGGAGAAAGGUCGUUUUAUUGUAGCUGGAGAUAAUUUAAAAACGGGUGACGUUGUGUUGUACGAGAACCCAGUUGCCGCAUGUUUGUCGCCAUCUUUUUCUGGUAGUCAUUGCCAUCAUUGCUUUCAGAGAUUAACUAUUCCAGUGCCAUGUGUCCAUUGCUCUGGGAUUGCUUUCUGCUCAGCUCAGUGCAUGGGAGAGGCAUGUGACAGUUACCAUCGUUUUGAGUGCCAGUUUAUGGACCUUUUUAUAGGUUCUGGCAUGUCGAUACUUUGCUACUUGGCUUUACGAGUUUUUACACAAGCACCCAAUGUAGAAAAAGCCCUUUGCGAUGCCACGUCAAUGUAUGAGAAUCUGUGUUCCCAUAUUGAGAGCCGACAAGCUGAAGACUACUUGCAACGUUCUUUGAUGGCGGGCUUUUUACUUCGCUGCUUGCAGAAAGCUGAAUACUUUGGGCGGCGUAAAAGCGAGGGUGUGAAUCCAACAGCGGUAGAAUUGAAGGUUGGCACAGCUCUGCUUGGACUGCUACAAGUCUUACAAUAUAAUGCUCAUGAAGUUUUUGAGACAAAAGUGACCGAUGAACACCGCUUUGAAGGUUCUAAAGUGGUAUAUGUUGGCGCGGCAAUCUAUGCCACCGGUGCCUACUUCAAUCAUGAGUGUUGGCCAAGUGUUGCACGUUAUUUCCUUGGGAAAAAAUUGGUUUUGACUACCAUUAAGCCGCAUCAACCAAAUGAAGUGAUAGCUGAGAAUUACGGUCCAAUCUUCACUAAAACAAAUUUAAAGGAGCGCCAACGUUCAUUACGUGCGCGCUACUUGUUUGACUGCAAAUGCAUGGCCUGUCAAGAGAAUUGGCCUACAAUACACAAAAUUGAUAAGCAGGUCAGAUUCAAAUGCACGUCGGCGAAUUGCAUUAAUGUUUUAAAGUUCCCAAAAGAUAUAUCUAAGGACGUAAGGUGCCCACGUUGCCGAAAAAAUAUUUCACUGAAAGCCAGUGUAGCAAAGCUGAUUCAAAUAGAAGAGUUAUAUCGGAAAGCUGCGGAGUCUAUGCACAAUCAAAGGACACAGGAAGCAAUUGAGCAAUUUAAGGAAGGCAUUGAAAUGUUUUUUGAAAUCGCGGUUUUACCUCACAAGGACACAAUUAUUGCACAACAUUCACUAAUUAAGUGCUUCGCUGAUGGAGGCAAUACAUUUAAAUGAGCGGUCAAGUGCAUUUGCAUAAAUUAAAAAAUAUUUAUACUUAGUAUAUGCUAACGUAGAUCAAAAUAUAUGUAUCGGUGUAUAACAGUAACAGUAAAAUAAACUUUAUUUCAAAGUAAGCCAGAUUUCUAAUG